AAUAAAAAUCAUGCUUUUCUUUUUGGACAAAACGGCAUCGAAAUUAUUAUUUUACUUUUCACACACGACAUGCUGAAAAUGAAACGCAAAAGCACCAAUGUAAUCUAAACGAAAUGCAUUCCAAUUCCAAUAUUCCAAAACCAUUACAAUUUCGUGGGUCUUACUUGUCUUCCCGUCUCUUCCUUCCGCCUUUAAAUCAUCUCCUCAUCUUCUAUCUCUCGCACACAUUCUCUCCACCCAAACACCAUGACCACGAUCAAAGGAGAUAAUAAUAUUGCGCCAUCCCAAACAUCCCUCGAGUGUUGCAUGUGCGGAGAUUCUGGUCUCAUUUCUGAACUCUUCCAAUGUAAAACUUGCCAAUUCAGAUCUCAACACAGAUACUGUAGCAACUUGUAUCCGAAAUCCGAUUCUUACAAAAUCUGCAAUUGGUGUUUAAGUCAAAAGGAUGACACCAAAGAGAAAUCCCAGAAUUCAUCUAAUUCUUCAGCUUCGCAUAAAAACAUCGGCGAUGAAGAAGGGAAGAUGAAAAAAAGCAGUUCCCAGCAGCAGCUGCAAGUCAUGAAGAGAAGCCCCAUCAAGAAACCGAGAUCCUCGCCUGAGAGAUCGCCACCGUUGACGGCGACGGUGGCGAGACGAAAAAGGAUCAUAACGAGAGGUCGUUUAGAGGAGAAGAUGAUGAUCAGGAGAGCAAAAUCGGAGGAGAUAUCGAAUACAGCAAAUGGGUUAAUUACGAGGCAUGUGUUUAGGAAUAAGGUAAGAAGGUAUAAACUUCUGGAUGAGGUAUCAAGCUAAAUCAUAAACACAGAUUGUGGGGAAUUCUGGUCCCCAGAAACAAGUUCAUUUCUUUGAUAAUGUAUAUGAGAUAAAGAGAGGAUUCCAUUGGAUGAAUGAAACCCAAAUUCAUAUGGGGGGAAUUGGGGAGGUUUUUCCUCUUGAUUUUUCCUCCAUUUUCCUUCCAAUCCAAACAGAUUGUUUGCUUCGUAGAAAAUCUUGAAUAAGUUGAAUCUGAAUGACAUAGUCAUUUCAUCAGUAUUAUCACACGGAAAUUACUUUCCUCAAUUGCUAAUCACGUAAGUAUCUUACCUCGUAAGAAAAACAGUGUGAUUCU